CCACGGCCCAAAGGCGUUGGUGGUACGAGGAUGCGUUGCACUCCGGCAGCAUCAGUACCAGCUGCUCCGCGCUAAAUAAAGCGACAAAGCGGGGGACGGAGGAGACAAACCGGCGGAGGGAGCACCGGAGCGGAGACAUGGGGGACCAGAAGGAAUCUCUGCGUAAAAUCACCCACACGCUGGCCAUGAAGAACGAGGAGAUCUCCAACUUCGUCUGCACUCUCAAGCAGAACCUGGACAACUUAGAGGCGAACUCCAACAGAGUUCAGGAGGACAUGGAGUCUGAGUUCACCUCCCUCCACGCCGUCCUGGACGAGAUGAAGGAGAGCAUGGUGACGCGGAUCAAACAGGAGAAAGCCAGCCGCACCUACGAGCUGCAGAGUCAGCUGAGCGCCUGUUCCAAAGCCCUGGAGAGUUCAGAGGAGCUGCUGGAGCUGGCCAAUCAGACGCUGUGCUCCUCGGAGGCGGAUGGUUUCACUCAGGCGGCCAAAGACAUUAAGGAUAGUGUGACGAUGGCUCCAGCCUUUCGCCUCUCCCUGAAGGCUAAAGCCAGCGACAACAUGAGUCACCUGAUGGUGGACUUCAGCCAUGAGAGGGGGAUGUUACAAGGCCUCAAGUUUCUCCCAGUUCCAGCAACUCCAGAGAUCCAGGUCUCAGAGUGCCAGGUGCUCGACAACACAGUGUCUGUCGUCUGGACCCUACCGGAGCCGGACAGCAAGAUAGACCACUACAUCCUGGAGCACCGACGCACAAACCACGAGGGUCCGCCGCGCAUCCGAGAGGACUACCCGUGGAUGGUGGUGGAGGGAAUCCGAGAGCUGGAGCACACGCUCACAGGUCUGCGCUUUGACACCCGGUACUUGACGUUCCGAGUGAGAGCGUGUAACAAGGCGGUGGCGGGAGAAUUCUCUGAGCCGGUUACACUAGAAACACACGCCUUCAACUUCAAGCUGGACUCGGCUUCGGCCCACCAGAACCUGAAGGUGGAGGAUUUGAGCGUGGAGUGGGACAGCUGCGGAGGAAAGAUACAAGACAUCCGCAAGGAAAAGAACCGAACCAGCUCCCCAAUGCACUCUCCAGCCAGGUCAGCUCUGAUGUCACCAAAGAGAGCGCCGACAGCCCGGCCCGGCAGAGACCGGUUCACAGCGGAGUCGUACACAGUGCUGGCUGACACGGUGAUUGACGCGGGCCAGCAGUACUGGGAGGUGCGCUUCGACAAGGAGAGCAAAGCCUUCGCGGUGGGCGUCGCCCUGAGAAACCUCGGACGAUUCGACCAGCUGGGGAAGAGCGGAGCCUCCUGGUGCAUCCAUCUGAACAACUGGCUGCAGCAGAGCCUCACCGCUAAGCACAACAACAAGGCUCGCACACUGGACUGUCCCAUCCCCAACAGUAUAGGAGUCUACGUCAACUAUGACGAAGGUGUUCUGUCUUUCUACAACGCCAAAACCAAACAGCUCAUGCACACGUUCAAAACCAAGUUCCAGCAGCCACUCAUACCAGCGUUCAUGGUGUGGAACGGCAGUUUCUCAGUGGUGACUGGCCUGCAGGUCCCCAGCGUGGUGCAGAGCGGUCAGAGGAAGAACAGCAACACCAGCAGCUCCAACGCCAGCCUCACCUAGACCCGUGCACCGAGCACAGCUGGAUGACCCUCCAGCUGUGCUCCACUACAGUCACCACUGCAGACGACAUCACCCCCGCUUCAGCCAAAGCCAUAUCAUGGAAGAGUUACGUCACUGCAGGCUGAUGGUUUAGCCCGGUCCACAUGCCGCGUCUGUGUUGCGAUGACAACAUCAAUGGUUUUGGGCUUGACUGAGUCAGAUUUCUACUGAAGUGUGCCUCUGGCUGUUGUGAUUUGCUUUGGGACACUUUAGCUUUAGUCAUGUUAGUUUCUCUCUUCAGAUUCAUUCAGCACUGUCCCGCUGCUGCUAGAGCGAUGAUUUAGCGCUGGCCGCUGCCCUUCCCUCCUUCCUGUCCAUCACCAAAACUUUCAGCCGUACUGUCAAAGCAGCUAGCUGCAGGCACGGGGUCAAGGCCUGUCCUGUGAGCUCUCUCCCUGUGCCUUCCUCCUCAUGCUCCACGCUGACAGGACAAGACGCUCCCACUCCCUAUACAAUAAACAUGUAUUGUGCAAGUGUCAACUUAACUUGAUAACAAUGCUUAGAUUUAAUAAUCGCAUACAGUUCAUCAACCAACCCGUGUAACCUAAACAACGUGCUACUAGACAAUGCUACUGUAGUUCUUUACUCAAUCAGGAUUUAUUCAACUCGACCUCGCCAGCAACUAAUGAGUCAUAAGAAACAUGUUGAGGAUGUUGUUUUAGUCUCUUGGCAUGCACAACAAACAGUGUGUUUGACUUUCUGUAGUCAGGUUCUAACUGGGUUCUUUAACCUCCUGCUGAGGUUCUGAUUUAAAGGUCACAUAUUCAAAAUCCACUUCCCCAUGUUCCUCUAACUCUGACAUGUGUCUCUAGUCCGUCUACA